AUGGCAUACCAGCCGCAAAACCACUACUACGACGAGCGCGACGUCUCCCCCGUGCAACCAGAAAGCGCAAUGAUACCCCCGCCCCCGCCGCCGCACCGCAAUCCAGUCGCUGUGGACACCUCAUACGGCCAGAUGCAGGGCCCCGGAAGCAACAACUACUCCAACUAUUCCCCUCCAGAAACGUCGCCCGGCGCAGACAAUCUAGGAAACCAUGCAGCUGGCGGAGGCGUCAACGGGCUCGCAGCAGGCGUCGCCAGUUCACACGAGCGAGAAAGCGGCGUGCAAGCCAUGCGAGACAUGAACAACAACUACAGUGGCCCCAUGGGCGUGCCGCCGCACCAGACACCCUUCGCAGAUGCGUACUCUUACGAUUCGCCAACGCCUCCGCGACCCAUACAUUCCCCCUACAACGUCUCUAACCAAACACUCGGCUCUGGACCAUUUGGGGCAGCCGCCGCAUACUCAAGUGCCAGCUCCAUGCACAGCUCACAGCAUAGCGCGCCGUUAACAUCACCGACAGCCGUUCCUUACUCGGACAAUCCCUACACCCGCUAUUCCUCGUCGCACCUGGAUCUCGCACCGCAGAUGGGCGCCAUCAACCCGAAUGAACUAGCAGAUGACGACGAUUGGGGGAUGACGCCCACGCAGGGAAAAAGGCAGUCAAGAGGAUUGUUCACCCGAGACGGCGCACCAGCCGCAGCUGCAGCAGGUGCAGGAGUCGCUGCCGGUGCUGCUGCCGGUGCCGCAGCGGCUGGAUCGCGAGACGGAAGCGGGAACUACAAUGCCGUACCAACCGGCGACAACGCUUUGCAUGCAGCCGGAAGAGGAGAGAAGUCUGAGUGGUUAGACCAGCAGAACCACGGCAGGAAAAAGCAGAUGUGGAUAGCAAUUGUCGUCAUCGCCAUUGUCGUCCUCGGAGCUAUACUCGGAGGCGUUCUGGGAACCGUACUGAACAAACAGGGUGGAGGAAGUGCCGGAACAAGCGGUGGUACUUCCGCAAGCGACGUCCAAGAAGACAACAAGAACGAUCUGACCAUCAAAUCGGACGAGAUCCAGAAGCUCAUGAACAACAAGAACCUCCACAAGGUCUUCCCCGGAAUGGACUACACACCCCUUAAUACCCAGUACCCCGACUGCCUGCACGUCGGUCCCUCGCAGAACAACAUCACCCGUGACAUGGCCGUUAUGUCGCAGCUAACGAACGCGGUCCGUCUCUACGGAACUGACUGCAAUCAGACCGAGAUGGUCCUGCACUCAAUCGACCAGCUUGAGCUCACAGACAUGAAGGUCUGGCUUGGCGUGUGGCUUGGGAACAAUGACACGACCAACGACCGACAGGUCUCCACCAUGUGGGAUAUCAUCGACAAGCACGUCGUGACCAAAUGGAAAGAUGGAAAGGACCACCAGUUCAAGGGCGUCAUCGUUGGAAACGAAGUCCUCUUCCGCAAAGACCUCUCCAAAACCGAACUCCUCAAGUAUAUCACCACCAUCAAGGACAACAUCACCUCCUUGGCCAAGAAGAACAACGUCGAUGAUGCUAAACUGCCCAUCGCUUUGUCCGAUCUCGGUGACAACUGGACCGCCGACAUGGCCACCAAAGUCGACGUCGUCAUGUCCAACGUCCAUCCCUUCUUCGCCGGCGUCGAGGUCAAGAAGGCUGCCGACUGGACCUGGGACUUCUGGACUCAGCACGAUGUAGCGCUCACGGCGAGCAACAACUCCAUCAAGCAGGUCAUCGCAGAAGUGGGAUGGCCUACCGGCGGCGGUAACGAUUGCGGAGACUCGGACUGCACGUCCGACACGCAGGGAUCUAUCGCGGGAAUUACCGAGCUCAAUCAGUUCAUGGAGGACUGGGUUUGUCCCAGCAUGAAGAACGAUACUGAGUACUUUUGGUUCUCCGCUUUCGACGAGCCGUGGAAGAUCAUGUACAACGAGAAAGGCAAGGAGUGGGAGGACAAGUGGGGCCUCAUGGACGUGGACCGCAAUCUUAAGAAGGGAGUUACCAUUCCGGACUGCGAUGGGCAGACCGUCUCGUCGUAA